AUGAUUCUAUUUUAUAUCCUAUUAACAAUAGGUUAGGCUUCUUUUUAAGGUGAUCGAAUUAAUAAACAAGAAUUUGAGAAUCUUGUUAAUAGUGAUUAGGAUGUAAAAAUAAUUUGUGAAUAUAGUUAUUACUCUUAAUUAUUAAGGAUGAUGAAAUGAUUACAUUAUGGAAUGAAUUAUAUCAAUAACAUAGUGAUUCUAUCUUUAUGGGAUUUAUUGAUUGUAGAGAAGCACAUGAUUUAUGUUCUGAAUUGAAUAUAGAGAGCACACCUUAAUUAGUUUUUGUUGAUAAAGCAGCAAAAGCAUUAAUAUAUUUUGAUGGGGAAAUGAAUUCAGACUCAAUAUAAAAAUGGUUGAUUGGUGAUCAUGAUCAUUCUGAAGAAGAAUAUGAAAUCUAUAUAGAAGUUGAUUAACCAAAAAUCAAUGAAAAUAUUUAAUGGGUUACUGAUGUUGAGAAUGAUGAUAUUAAUGUAGAUGAUAAUGAUUAGAAUAAUAAUAAAGAGUUAUUUGAAAUUGAUUAUCAUAAUGAUUAUCAUUCAGAUAAUCUUGAAAAAAUAAAAUAUGAAGAAUUACAAUAAUUAAUCUUACUUAAUGAAUAACUCUCAUAUAAAGCUGAUAAGUUUAAAAGAGAAAUUGAUUUAAUGAAACAUUAAACUAAUAUGCUCAAUACAUCAUUUAUGAUUGAAUUAAAUAGAUAAGAAACUUCUAUAAAUUUUACAAUAUAUCUCUAUUCAUCAGGCAUGAUAGCAUUAAUAUGUGUUCUAAUUACUUGGAAGAAAAUAAAUGUUCUUAAAAAGAAAUAGUCAAUUCUAGUGUAAUGA